CAUAUCAUCUUCUUCACUAAUACUCAAUCAUAUAACAUAUAGUUUCUUUCUUCUUGUAAACUACAUUUUCCGGAAAGGAAAGUGUCGUAGUACUGUGUCAAAAAAUCUCAGAGGGUGAGAAUCCCAAUGAGGAUCUUACCCGAACCUCGAGGUUCGGUUCCAUGCCUCCUUCUCCUCCUGUCCGUUGUCUUUUCAGCGACUCUAUCUCUCGCUCGCGUCGUCGAAGUUGUUGGUAACGCCGAGAGCAAGAUCAAAACCCCCCAUGCAUUCUCAGGACUCCGAGUGACGAUUGACUGUAAGGUGAAUAAAGGGCAUUUUGUUACAAAAGCUUCUGGAAACAUUGAUGAAGACGGAAAGUUCGGUCUGAAAGUUCCUACUCAUGACAUUGUCUCCGAGGACGGAGCUUUGAAGGAGGAGUGUUAUGCUCAGCUUCAUAGCGCGGUAGGAACACCUUGCCCCGCUCAUGACGGCCUAGAGUCCAACCAGAUCGUGUUUCUAUACAAAUCUGGAGACAAACACGUUUUGGGUCUCAAACAAAAUCUCAAAUUUUCACCUGAACUUUGUGUUUCCAAAUUCUUUUGGCCUAUGCCUAAGUUCCCUCCUUUUAAGGGAUUUGAUCACCCUUUCCCUCUACCUCCACCUUUGGAGCUUCCACCGUUUCCUAAACCUUGCCCACCACCUCCGGUUCCAGUGUACGAGCCACCUCCAAAGGUGGAGCAUCCACCACCUGUCCCGGUUUACAAGCCACCUCCAAAGGUAGAGCACCCACCUCCAGUUCCGGUUUACAAGCCGCCUCCAAAGGUAGAGCACCCACCUCCAGUCCCGGUUUACAAGCCGCCUCCAAAGGUAGAGCACCCACCUCCGGUUCCAGUACACAAGCCACCAACAAUCCCCAAGAAGCCAUGCCCGCCUAAGUCGCCAAAGAUUGAGCUUCCACCGCCAGUGCCAGUUCACAAACCACCGACCAAGAAGCCUUGUCCGCCCAAGCCACCAAAGAAAGUUGAUCCGCCACCGGUUCCAGUCCACAAGCCGCCGCCGAAAAUAGUCCUUCCACCGCCGGUACCAAUCCACAAGCCGCCAAAGAAGCCGUGCCCGCCUAAAGCGCCAAAGAUCAAGCUUCCACCACCAGUACCGGUCUACAAGCCACCACCGAAGAUAGAGCAUCCACCAAUCUACGUGCCACCGGUGAUCCCGAAGAAGCCGUGCCCGCCCAAAGCGCCGAAGGUCGAUCCACCACCGGUUCCGGUCUACAAGCCGCCACCGAAGAUAGAGCAUCCACCAAUCUACGUGCCACCAGUGAUCCCAAAGAAGCCGUGUCCUCCGCCGGUACCAAUCUACGUGCCACCGGUGGUGAUUCCGAAGAAGCCAUGUCCGCCACUUCCACCACUUCCAAAGUUUCCGCCUCUUCCUCCUAAAUACAUUCACCACCCCAAGUUCGGCAAAUGGCCUCCGUUGCCGACUCACCCUUGAGAUUUUAAUACAUAUACUUGUAUGUAAUCAACGUGUUGCUUUUAAAAUAUUUUUAAAAAUAUUAUCCCUGCGUGUUUGAAAUUUGGUUUGUUUUGCGACUUUCAUCUUUGUCUACUUUCUCUCCGAGUUUUAAGUGUAGACUGUUUGUUCAUCUCUUCCAGGAAUAAUAUGGUAAUUAAUA